AUGGAUAUGGAUAUGGGUUCUGCGAAUACGAACAUGCCUCCCAUGCCCACCGGCUUGCCCAGCAAUGGCAUGGACGCGAUGGAGGACCUGAUGGGUGGCUGUAAGAUCAACAUGCUGUGGAACUGGUAUACGGUCGAUGCCUGCUUCAUCGCCGAAUCCUGGCACAUUCGUUCCAACGGCAUGUUUGCGGGCUGCUGCAUCGGCGUCAUCCUGCUCGUGUUCAGCCUCGAGUUUUUGCGCCGUGCUGGCAAGGAGUAUGAUCGCUACCUCGUCGCGCAGUACCGCAAAUCGCUUGACACAACACCCACUGCUGCUGCUGCUGCUGCUGCUGGUGCAUCGAAAUCCUCUGCUUCCUCUGACCACGGCGCGGACAAGACACCUGGAUCUCCGACUGUGCCCGCCGCUGCCUGUGCGCCGGCGGUUGCGCAGACGUUUCGUCCCAGUGUGCUGCAGCAGGCGGUGCGUGCGCUGCUGCACAUGUUGCAGUUUGCCGUGGCCUACUUUGUCAUGUUGCUGGCCAUGUAUUAUAAUGGCUACUUCAUCAUCUGUAUCUUCAUUGGCGCCUUUCUUGGCUACUUCAUCUUUGGCUGGCAGAGUUUGACGGUCGGUAGGGGUGGGAAUGGCCGCAUGGAGGAGGACGCGACUGUUUGUUGCGGAUGA